CCGCCGCCAUGGCGUCUCUACGGUCACAAUGGCUGUUCUCGCUGAUCGAGCCGUGUUACAUGAUGAAAUCGGCCAUCUCGCAUUACCUCCAGAGCCUGGUCUCGAUCACCGCCACGAGCGGAUUUCCACUGUCCAGGAGCCAAUGGCAACGCGUGCGUGACCAGGGAUUCGCCUCUUUCUGGCUUCAAUUAUCAGGUACGCUUAACCUCCUGUCUUGGGAAAUGUAUCUAACUACGACCACUGCUGCUGCAGCCCCCGCCCCCCCUCCGUCUCCCACACAAGAAGCAGCCCCCCCCUCCAUCUCCGGCGCCCUGAUUCCUCCUCUGCUAUCGCAUGCGUCUGGGGUUGUGCUACAGAUCGGCCCUGGCAGUGGCUCGCAGCUUGCCUUCCUUCCCGAAUCACAGAUCAGCAAGGUGUACGGUGCCGAGCCGGCCGUGGGGCUCCACGACGCUCUUCGGAACGCUGCCGUGCGCCAUGGGAUCCAGACCAAAUACCAUAUCUUGAACGCGGACGCGAGUCGGGAAUCUCUAGUGAGCGCCCUGGUCCAAGGCGGAUUCAUCACACAGACGGAAGCCGAGACAGAGACCCCCCUGUUCGACACGAUCAUCUGUGUACGGGUAUUGUGUAGUGUUCCCGACCCGGCACACACCGCAAAGGAGCUGUACCGCAUGCUCCGGCCGGGAGGCAAGAUGUUGGUCUGCGAGCAUGUGCGCAAUCCGUGGCUUACAGGGAGGGGCAGCGUACUCGCCCGGUUGAUGCAGUUUGUGUACAUGCGUUGUGGCUGGGCUUUCUUCGUGGGCAACUGUCGGCUGGACCAGGAUACCGGGGCGGUUCUACGCCAGGCGCCUGAUGGGGACAAGGGGUGGGCAGAGGUCAGUCUCGAGAUGGCCGCUUCUUGGUCUACGUUUCCGUAUCUCCAUGGUGUUUUGGUCAAGGAGUAG